GCUGCACACAAACACACCAUUAGCCGGGCAACGUGACUCGAACAUGUUGCCUCAUGCACCGUGCGUCGAUGGAGUGGAGUAGUUGAGUUUGAGUCGGUUCAGUUAACAUCGUAGCGUGCUUGAACGAACUCGCUUGACUUAAGCGCGGUUCACAUCGACUUUCGCUUACGCUGUGCCGAACUGUCGAAAACAUAACAUAAACAAACGUUGUGAAUCUGGUGCGUCUCCUGUUUUCAUACUCUCAAGUUACGCGAAACCGCUUCAUGACGUGCGGGUGAUCCACAAAUGCGGUGUCGGAGUGUAAUGUGCGCGAUCGCGUCGAGCAAAUGUCUUCGCAAAUCGAGAAGAAGGUGAUCAUCGUCGACGUCGAUAACAGCAAUAGCAGCGGCAAGAUGAAUCCGAAAUUACGGCGUCUCAUUCAGACAUUCUGUGUGGUGCUGUUGGUGUCUUACACUACGCUGCUGGCUUACCAGUCGCUCUCUCGCGCCACAAUCAACAACAGUCUGGAGAGUGUGUUAAGCGAAAAGUUAAGCUUAAAGGAUAAAGACUUCGGUGGUAGUUUUGAGAUCGAGGAGUCGCGGCAUCGCCUCAAAGAAGCUUUAUCCAAAAGCGAGUUGACCAGUGAAAUACCUUCAGCGACCGCAACUGUGAAACCACCCUCAACCACUUUGCACGAUGUUUUCAUAAGCGUCAAGACCACAAAGCACUAUCACAAAAGUCGACUGCUCAUCAUACUGAAAACGUGGUUUCAACUUGCCAAAGCACAGACUUGGUUUUUCACUGACACUGAUGAUCCUGAAUUCCAACUAAAGACAAAUGGCCAUAUGAUCAACACCAACUGCUCCUCGUCGCACAAUCGAAAGGCGCUCUGCUGCAAGAUGUCCGUUGAGUUCGACACAUUCAUCGACAGCGAUAAAAAGUGGUUUUGUCACUUCGACGACGACAAUUAUGUGAACGUGCCCCGUUUAGUCCGUUUUCUAGGGGAUUAUAGCCCAAGAGAAGAUUGGUAUCUAGGCAAAACCAGCAUCCAAGCACCGCUGGAGAUUACCAAUAGAGAAAAAUCGCCGCAAAAGGUGAAGUUUUGGUUCGCCACAGGAGGCGCCGGAUUCUGCUUGAGUCGAGCGUUGGCAUUAAAAAUGAUGCCGGUUGCCAGUGGUGGGAAAUUUAUCAGCAUCGGAGAGAAAAUUCGCCUGCCGGACGAUGUCACAAUGGGCUACAUAAUAGAACAUCUUCUGAAGAAACCUCUGACAGUUGUCGACCAAUUCCAUUCCCACUUGGAACCGAUGAAGUUUAUUCGACGUGACAUUCUUGAGGAUCAGAUUUCCUUCAGUUACUCGAAGAACAAGGAGGAGUGGAACGUCGUAAAGAUCGAUGGCUUCGAUACCAAAUAUGAUACUAAUCGAUUUUUGUCAUUGCACUGCUACCUCUUCCCGCACUUUCAUUUCUGCCCGAGAUGAGGCGAGGAUUUAUAGGCGCCGUUCGACCUAGGAUAAAGAAAAUAUUUAUGGCAAUUCGAAACAGCUUUAAUGUGAACGUAACGUGAAUGCAAUGUGUAAUAUAAACAUUCUUGCCGAGAACAGGAUACGAAGAAGAUAAUAAAAUGACACUGUGCCUGGAAGAAGUGAAGAAUAUAUAUAUGCGUAACAAGAAAUUGUAUAAACAAAACAAUCUGUGAUCAAUUUUAUAAACAUAAACAUGUAUAUAUAUAUUAUAUCCAUCAAAUGAAACGAAUCAUUGUAAUAAUGAAAUCGAUUGUCUAAAAUAGACAAAGAUUUCAAAUAUAUUUGAGAAAUUAUUUGAAUCAAUAUAUAUAGACAAUAAGAAAAUGUGAUGUAAAUAUUAAGACAUUCUCAGAUGUAAUUCUAAAGCACAAAUCACUGCACUAGUCUGUAAAUUAUCAUGGUUUGUAAUAGAACUAAUUUUAGAAUUACGUUUUUAUUUGGUAUAUUGGUUUCACGGUUUUAUGUACAUUAUUUAAAUUACAUGGCACAAUAAACCAAAUAACAAUAUACACAACCAAGAAUACAACACAUCAUUAAUUUAUUGUCUGGAAUUAUAUAAAAAUAUUCAGUUUAGUUUAAUUAUUAUUUUAAGAAUCAUACUGCAAAAUGGUAAUGCACAAGUAAAUAUAUGUAUAUAUUGAUUUGAUCAAUCCGUAUAAAAAGAUAUGUAACAAUGGCUCAACUAUGUGUAGUAUUUGUUUUUCAUUAAAACGAAACGCUGGAAUAAAUAAUAACUAUUACGAGCAAAUGUAUUUGUUUUAAAUAUAUAUAAAGUAUUGUUUUUA